AAAUUUUCUAAUCUUUGCUUGAAUCCUAAGUAACUCUCUCACGGAUCUUAAACACUGUAUCAACGAAAAAGAAAUAAAAAGUGAAGGAAAACUCUCUCUCUCUCAAAAAGAGAAUCUUCAAAAUGUCAAUCACAACAGGAAUAUGUCAAGUAGUUGCUGUUUCAUUGCUUUUGGGAUUACUGAGUGUGUAUUCCUUGGAAUGUGAUGAUGAUCGCUGCAAAACUGGGCUGUGCAACAACACUGGUGCCUGCAUUUGCAACCUCCCUGAUCCUUCCACCAUCUUGAAUGGUGAUAGAACUUUCUUCGGGGGGAAGUUUUGUGACGAAGAAAUGACCAUGUGUGAUGGGACAAACUCCUUCUGGUGUGAACAUGGGGCAACUUGUGAGGAGAUUGUUCAAGGAGAGAAGUACUCUUGCAAAUGUCCCCUAGGAUUUGCUGGGGAGCAUUGUGAGCAUUCUGGAGCACCCUGUGGUCAUACUUUUUGUUUCCAUAAUGCUGAAUGCUUGGCUGAAACAGGUGAUGUUUGCCAGUGCCCUUCUGAAUGGAAAGGCAGUGCUGAUUGCUCUCUUCCAACCACACCAACAGAUUUUUACUCAAUUUCAACUGACACAAAAUCAUCUAAAGUCAGCAGCAGCAGUGACUCCAAUAAGGCACUGGCUGUCUUGGCAGUUUCUUCAGUGGGAGGAGCUGCUGCUGGUGCCAUUUAUGGCAAGAAACUAUUCAACAAGAAAAAAAGAGAGGCAAGGUUCCAGCAAUUAUCUGAAAUGCAGACUCAAGGGAUAUUGGAUGGUGAUGGUGAUGAGGAGGAUGAAAACCACAAUAUGGUACCCCAAAGGGUCCAUGGUGAUAUUUCACACAAUUAGUGGGCACUUCCUUUUCCAGCAUCAGAACAUUUUAGCACUCUUAGCUCAAGUAGUUUUUUUUGUCAGUUUUCAUAAUUGGCAGUAGCAUUUUAUUUGGUAAGCUUGAGUAGUACUAAUAUUUAUAUGAUUGUGCUUAAUAAAAAGAUGGCAUGCAAGCACAUUUUUCUAGUUUUAGCUACCAAGGAUCUUAAACCAGAAAAUGCAUGGGCUUAUGUUCGUUUUGUCCAAAA